GGCAACAUCAUUUUGCCAUUUGACUUUUCGAGUUCUGUUCGACAAGAAAACGUGAAGAACUCAAGAAAACAACAAAAACUCGAAUCAAGAUGGAUCUCGCUACCGUUUUUGCCCAAUAUCAGAAUUUGCUUGAUGCGGAUCAAGAUCUUAGAGAAGAAAUUCGGCUCAUUGUUCGUGAGUUAGACACAACUGGACGAGAGGUCUCUUUGAUUCUGCAGCAAAUCCACCAAGAAGAUGGGUUGAAUCAAAUUGGAGAACUCUGUACCAGAGCAAAACUUACACUUGCUAAAGCAAAUGAACAAUUCUCAAAACUUGCUUCCAAGAUCCCUCCUAAUCAAUAUUUCAGAUUUAACGAUCACUGGAGAUAUGUUAUGCAGCGCUACUCUUUCCUUUGUGCAUUGAUAUUCUUCCUUGAGUCAGAAAAGCUUGCUCUUCACUCAGAUGUUGGGAAAUUGCUUGAAGUAUCCAUAAAAGAGGAAGAUGGUUUCCAUUUGGAUGUUGAAGAUUAUCUGUCUGGACUUUUACAGUUGGCUUCAGAACUGUCUAGGUUGGCAGUAAAUAGCGUGACUGCUGGAAACUAUGAUUUGCCCAUUCGUAUCUCGCGAUUCGUCUCCGAGUUGAAUGGUGGAUUCCGUCUCUUAAAUCUGAAGAAUGAUUCACUGCGCAAAAGAUUUGAUGCUCUUAAAUAUGAUGUGAAGAAAAUCGAGGAAGUGGUUUAUGAUCUCUCCAUUCGUGGCCUUCGAUGUCGAUCGCUUACUAUUACCAAGUGAAUUAACGUUAAGUUUUCAAUGUUGUGAACCAAGAAUGUAAAAUCUUAAAUGUGAUUUCCUGGUCGAAGUAAUGUAUGCUUCAAGAAUUCGUAAAA